AUGAAAGGAGCAUCAGGUGAAGGAGGACUGACCCUCGAAGAGCUCAAGGAAAAAAUGGCAUUUUUUGCAAAGGAAAGAGACUGGGAUCAGCUCCGUAGUCCUAGAAAUCUGCUUCUGGCUCUGUGGAAAGGUGAGGUCCGAAGAGGCCUGCCUGAUUGGGACGAACAAGAGAAAUUGCAUUUAGGUGAAGAAUUAUCAGAUGUUCUUCUUUACCUUGUUAGGUUAUCAGACAUUUGUGGCAUUGAUCUUGAUAAAGCUGCCCUUAGAAAGAUUGAACUCAAUGCAAUAAAAUACCCCAUUAGCCUUUGCAAAGGCUCUUCUCAGAAGCAUAACCAAAUCAAGACUAGUCCCGGAACCGUCCCCGACGAUGCUGCCACCACCAUAGCUCGCGCUGCUGCCGGCUUCAAAGACGGGCGAAUCGUCGGCCAGAAAAGAGUGAUGCAGCGCCGACGAGAUUUCUAUCUGUUUUGGUGGUGGUUGACAGUGGCAGAUCUGAUGGUUGAGGCCGAUGUGAAGUGGUUUUUGUGGUUUGAGUUUCUCUGUUGGCGGUGCGGUGCUCGUUGCGAUGGUGGUUUUGAUGUCGAUGGUGGUGGCAACGUUACUGGUUGUGGUUGGUGCUUUAGUGGCGGGAUGGGGCAUGGGUGCUGUUGA